AGAAGAAGCAGCAGCGGAAGCGGAAGCUAAAGGAGGAGUAAAAGAGAAAACAAUGCAGGAGACUUUGUGAGUCAGUUGCUGUCGAAAACAGCAGAAGGACCAAGAAGUGUUCUUGUAAAUGUGUGAGAAUGUGUGACGUGCAGGAGCUCAUGUGUCUGAUCCAGCAGCAUCAGGCUACGGCGGCUCGAGAAAUACUGGAAGUGUUUAAAAGGACGUUAGCGGCGCACGAGGAGCAGCUGCGGCAGUUAAGAGAGGAGAACGAGCGGCAGAGAAAGCGGCUGGACGCUCUUUUACAGCCUCAAGUUCGACUAGAAAGAGCAGUGUUGCCUCAGCAGCUGCUGGUGAGUAAAGAAGAGGUUCCCCCUGAGCAGCAGGAGUGCAGCCCCAGUGUGAAGCAGGAGGAGCCAGAGCCCCCCCACAUUAAAGAGGAACAGGAGGAGCUCAAUAUCACCAAGGAUAACCCAUUCACUCCUGCCCCUGUGAAGAGUGAAGAUGAUGAAGAGAGAGCUCAGUCCUCACAGCUUCAUCAAAGCCAAACUGAGGAGAACAGAGAGGCAGAGCCUCCGGCCAGCAGCUCCACUGAAACAGAAGCUGAUGAAGAGGAUUUCCAAGCAAGUAGUGAUGGCCAGCUGCUCUCUUCACACUCCUCUGAAUCUGAGACUGAAGACAGUGAAGAUGACUUGGAGGAGACUGGAGAGCCUCAGUCAGAUUUAGCCUCAGUGAGUGAAGUCCUUUUCAGCCAUGACAGGUCUGAGGCUGGAGAGAAGCCAUCUUCCUGCUCUGUCAACAAAACCACAGGAAAGAAACAGUGGAGCUGCUUUGUUUGUGGUAGAAACUUUAAACAAAGAUGGCUCUUAAAAAGACACAUGUUGACGCACAAGAGAGAGACAAAAUUCAGCUGCCCAUUCUGUGCCAAGAGAUUUCCAGGGAAAAGUGAAUUAAACACUCAUGUGGUAGUUCAUGCAAGAGAGAAACAAUUUCGCUGUUCAGUCUGUGGUAAGACAUAUACAGAUGAAAUUUGCUUAAACAGACACAUGAGACUCCACAAAGGAGAGAAAACUUUCAGUUGCUCAGUCUGCGCUAAGAAAUUUAAAUGGAAAAGUCAAUUAAACGCUCAUAUAGUAGUCCACACAGGAGAGAAACCCUUUAGCUGCUCAGUCUGCGCUAAGAAAUUUAAAUGGAAAGGUCAAUUAGACGUUCAUAUGGUAGUCCACACAGGAGAGAGACCUUUUAGCUGCUCAAUUUGUGGUAACGAUUUUACACAGAGGUGUAGCUUAAACAAACACAUGAGAAUCCACACAGGAGAGAAACCUUUCAGCUGCUCAUUCUGUGCUAAGAGAUUUGCAUGGAAAAGUGAAUUAAACUAUCAUGUGAUAGUCCACACAGGAGAGAAACCAUUUUGCUGUUCAAUCUGUGGUAAGAGAUUUAUACAUAAAAGUGGUUUAAGAAUACACAUGAGAUACCACACAGGAGAGAAACCAUACAGCUGCCCAUUUUGUGGUAAACAUUUUACAACAAAAUCUGGCUUAAAUGCACACACAAGAGUCCACACAGGAGAGAAACCUUUCAGCUGCUCAAUUUGUGGUAAACAUUUUACAGUGAAAUCUAGCCUAAAUACACACAUGAUUGUCCACACAGGAGAGAAAACAUAGCUUCUUAAUUUGUGGUAAACAUGUUUCAGAUAAAGGUCAUACAAAUGCGCACAUGAUUGUCACUCAGGAGAGAAACCUUUUAGCUGCUCAGUCUGUUAUCAAACUUUUACAUGUAAAAGUCACAUAAACAGACAAAUGAGAAUCCACUCAGGAGAGAAACUGGGCAGCAGCAGUGUGUGUGGGAGAAGUUUGUGCAGGCAUGACCGUGUUAAAAGUCUCAAGUGUGUUGGUGAGAGCAGCAGCAGCUGAAGCUGCAGAUCUGCUGCUUGAACUGAAUUGUUCAACAGGACAACAAACUAGAAAACAUGAUGACUGUCCAUCACUCAGGACGAGGAAACUCAAACUCUUCUCAGUCAGUGUUGUUGUUGGAGAUGCAGCCACAUGUGAACACUGCUCACACACAUCUUGUGUUAAUGCAGGCUCAUUGAAGAGAGAAAUUCUUGUUGCUCCUGUUUGCCUCAAAUUCAGGUUUAUGUUCCCUUGUCACUUUGAUCAUCUGAUACAUGUAAGUUAAUGUUCUGGCCAGCAACUCAACAUUUGUCAUUCUUUACUGGAAUUAUAUUGUUAGACAUCAGUGUAG